AUGAACCACCUCCGGGCGUUAUGCAAGAAGACAUUGAACCCGAAGGUCUCUGUUUUGAGAUUGUUGAAUGGUGAAAAUCCUCAAAGGAUAUGGCUUGAUCAAGGGGGAUAUAAGGGAAGAUGGCAGAAGAUCCAUUACGAGAAACAUAGCAAAUAUUGUAAAAUUUGUCUCAAACAAGGUCACGAAGAUCAGGAGUGUCGUAGGAAUAAGGAGAUUAGACAAGGGGAAGAACCUGAUAAACGCCGGAAGAUAGAAGGGACCUUAAAUCUGGGAAAAUUAGUUCCAAAGAUUACGUUGGCACAAUCAAAGGGUAAGGCAUGGGUAGCGGAAGAGGGGCAUAAGGAAAUCCGUAUUAAGGAGGUUCACCGCUCUAGAGAUGAUGUUAUUACUCCGAGGGAUCAUAAGCGAACUGUUCUGGAAAUUAGAGUUGUUAAUCAACCAACGACUGCUAACAAAGAGGGGGAGGAGGAUGGGAGUUCAAAGAACCAAUUGACGAAUGUAUUCUUGGAACCCAAAGAAGUGAUUCAUAAUCUGAAAAUCACGAGACAGGUUAGAGACCGCUGUCAAGAAAAUAGAGAAGCUUCUAAUAUCAUUUUGGAGGAACAAAUCAGUAAUGAAUCUACUGGUGAUUCUGAAGAAAACAAAGCCUAGAAUUCUGAAUAUUCUGUGAAAAAUCUUGCUAUUACAGAUCAACAUGAUGUAGUUCGAGGUAAAUCACAUGAGUCUUUCGUAAUUUGGCCCAAAAUAUUGAUGAGAAAUCAUAGAAUUUUUCUAAAGCAAAAGGUUUGGGCAAACGAUGAUAUUCUAGAAUUAGGAGAGAAGGAGAAGGACUUUUUUGGCAGAGGAUAUUAUUCUGAUCAGGAGACUCGUUGUGAAAUUUUGGAGGACUUGGAGGUUCUAAAGAAUUUUAGCAAGACUUUGAAUUGGA